UUUCAGGAUCUCUUAGCUAAUCCCAAAUGCUCAUUGCUUGUGGCAAAAGAUCCUGAGGAUAGGACUGAUUUAGUCAUAAUUGUGCAUGGUGAUGCUGUUCCUGUGUCUGAGACUGAUAAAGAUGCUGUUCGUGCUGCAUACUUGGCCAGGCAUCCUGAUGCAUUCUGGGUUGACUUUGGAGAUUUCCAGUUCCUUAGAAUUGAACCCAAGGUUGUGCGAUAUUUAUCAGGUGUUGCAACAGCUUUAUUGGGAUCCGGAGAGUUCAGCAAAGAGGAAUUCAGAGCUGCAAAAAUAGAUCCAAUUUACCAAUUCUCUAAGCCAAUCUCGUCCCACAUGAAUAAAGACCACACAGAAGAUACCAAACUAAUUGUGCAGCACUCAACAUCUGUUCCAGUGGAGUUUGCUUACAUACUGGAUGUGGACAGUCUUGGAUUUAAUGUUAAGGCUGGGUAUCAAGGGAGCACUUUCAAGCUCCGGGUUCCUUUUCCUAGACAAGCAGUAGAUAGAAAGGAUGUAAAGAUGCUGAUUGUCGAAAUGCUUCAGGCUGCAAGGACUUAAGGUGUUCGAAUGUUUGAUUCAACACAUCAGCAUUUGUAUCUUCCAGUUUACAACAUCUGAUAUAUGAUAGGAAAAUAUGGUGUAUUACUUCUUUAUUGACAUUUGUAAUCCCAUCUUGUGUUUAUUGAACUGAUACAUAGAAUUGCACAAAGCUUGUAGACGAUUUUCCCAGAAUAGGAAUGGAAAUUUUGCAGAAUGA